CACUAACCCACCCCACUUUCAUCGUCACCGCUUCUCUCUAUAAAUUUGCUCCUUUAGCCUCUUCAUUCCUCCCCCUUUCCCCUUCUCCUCUCCUACUAUCUCCACUUCACCCCAUAUCUUAGUUCGUGCUAAGAGAGGUGCCGAAUCUCAGUGGAUUGUAAUAGCAAGCCACUCUGCCACUUACGAUACUAUCUGAUAUAACAAUGAGCAUAUCGAUGGAGUACUAUUGCUCAAGGCUAGAGAUCUUCCUCUCCCUACUCAUCAAAUGGCUACUCCUUCCAGUGAGAUGGCUCGCCAUCUGGACCAAUCGUGAGUCGCCACAUGGCAAUCAAUCUGAUAUCAUGCGGAAGGCCGUCAGAGACAGCCUCCAUGUGGCGACCUACGGGGAGCUAAUAAUGAAAACAACCGUAGAGGAGACGACAUGUGCAGUUUGCCUUAGUGAAGUGCAAGGGAGAGAUAGAGUGUGGGAGUUGAGGAAUUGCAGUCACGUGUUCCAUAAAGGGUGUUUGGAUACAUGGCUAGAUCAUGAUGAACAUUUGACUUGCCCUCUUUGUCGAGCUCCUCUUAUUACUCCUGCUCAGGCUCACCAAGGCCCGUUUGUGGCCCGGGAGGAGCCCAGUUGGGCUGUGGAGAGGCUCCUCUAUCUCUUUGGAGAUGAUUUGCUCUUGAGUUAAUAGCCACUGUGAUUGUGGUUGCUCAUUAGUUCUUGGGGAUUGCAUGUACAUGUGUAUGUUAUAUACAGAGAUAUAUAUAUUUAUAUAAUAUUUUUGGGUUAA